AUGGCCUUGUCGUCUGCAGAAAUGUCCCUGAGCUUUGCAACCUUGACGCCAGAGUCCAAAGUGGCUCAAACCCACUUGGCGUCGCUUGUGGCCAAGCACCGUUCAGACGCCGUCGGUUCACCAAUGGACCUAGUCAUUCCCACUAGACACUUGAGCAACGCAUCCCCGUCAGACGCCCACGAUAUCGCUUCACGGUCGAGAUAUACAAUCGUCUUUACAUUCGGCCGAGAAGGCCAUGGCCGUGAUUCGGAGUGGGUUGUCGGGAAAUUGGCUUCCAACAAGCAUGAACAGUGCAUCGACUUGCCAGUCUGUUCUCCGAGAUCGCGCUGCUUCAAAGGGCGGGAGCUUUUCGAUGUCUUUUUUCACCGCAAGUCUGGGGUCUUGAUGAUUCGCAAUGCCAAUGCCAACCACUCCUUAUGGUAUCUGAAUGCCGACAAUCAAGGCAAUCACAUCGAGUUGCAAUAUCAUGAGGAGCAUGUUCUUCAUCUAUCCACUAAUCUGCUCCGCAUUGGCUCGCUGCACUACGCAUUGCAAUAUUCCAUCGAGAGUGCAAGUGCAUUCUUGGCCAGCCGCAAAGCAUAUAUGCAGGUACAGCUUGGGAAUUGGGAUAUUCCUCGCUGCUUUGCGAUCCAACCACGGCUUGAUCACAUCCGUCUGAGGCAUGUUAUCCUACACAACGUCAUUGCAAAGGGCAACACUUGCGUCGUCAGAGCCGGCGUGGACAGAAGGACCGGGAACCCUAUCGCAUGUAAGACCAUGCAAUGUUCGCAGGCCAAUAUCGAAGCUGUAGUCAACGAAAUUAGCAUUGCCUCAAUCAUUGCCGCUCACGCAUCGAGUGGCCUUGUGCCUCUGCUUUCCAAGUCUUGUGGACAUGGCUCUCCGCUGCCUUGUUCCCAAGCCGAGUAUGAGGACAUGCACCUGGUCAUGCCCUACGCGCCUUUUACCUUUGAUACCGCACCGUGGCAGGAGAUCAGCGCAUCUCUGAAGCUUGCGCUCUUUCGCCACACUCUCGAAGGACUCAAGAACCUUCAUGCGGCGGGAAUCAUGCAUAGAGAUAUCAACCCUAGCAAUCUGCUUGUGUUCUCACUGCAGCCUGCCGCCGCCGCUAUUGGCGACUUUGGCAUGGCCAAGGUGGGCUCUCAGAGUGCUGAGAAAUUUCUUGGGUCUCUCUCCUAUCAGGCUCCUGAGGUUGCUACCCACGAGACCAACACAAAUGCCAUUGAUAUUUUCAGUCUGGCUUUAUCUAUCAUGGCUACAUUUGAGGGUUGCAUGUGGUCUGGUCCACUCUCUGACCACGAAAACUACUCUGCUAUGCUGGACCAUCUCGCACGCCUGGAGACGCAAAUGCCCGACGGCCUGGCAACAGUUCUUCGCGCCAUGUUAUCACCAGACUCUUCCCAACGGCCCAGUGCCGACGAUGUUUUGACGGAUGCAGUUUGGGAACAGAUCGAAGAGCCGGGCUCUGUUCGUAUUUCAAGUCUUCAAAGUAGCGAGGAAAGCUUCAGCAUGCAGCGGCCGGACAACGACCUGCCUCUUCCUGGCUCGAAUGUGGGAGACGGUCUUGAUCGAAGCCUUCAGUCUCCAAUCCCAGAGCUUUUGACCCGAUCGUCAAGCCCCAGCAGCAACACUUCUAGCGCCGAUGAUUCGAACCAGCGGAUGAAGCGCUCAGAUGCGCCGCCGCCUUCAUCCAUUGGGAGCGACAACGCCAGUUCAACAGCUGAGACGCAGGGUCGGGACCAUUCAAGGGAGCGGAUGAGUCGUUCAGAGGCUCCAUCCCCAUCAUCAGCUGCAAACGACGACAAUUGA